GGCAAGUUGUUUGUUCCAGCGAGCACCAGCUGCUCGGCACUCCGGGCUCCGCUGCCUCCCUGCCCGGCUCCGCUCCGCGCCCCGCCGGCCUCCCCCGCCGGUCCAACUUUUGCACCCUCCGCUCCCUUAUCCCAUCCCCCAUCCCCACCCCCCGGAGCCGGGAAGGGAGAGAAGGAGCCAGAGGAGGGGAGGGGGAAAAAUAAUAAUAAAAAAAAAAGGCAGCGACAAUAACAGCCCCCCUCCCCCUCCCCAUUCAAAAACACAAAAUAAACCCCAGGGAUAGAUGAACUACAAAUGAGAAAGAGGAAAAGAUGGAACUGCACAUUCUAGAGCACAGGCUCAGAGUGGCCAGCAUAGCCAAGGAGAGCAUCCAGUUGUUUACCUAUGGAUUAAUCAAACUUGCUUUCCUGUCCUCCAAGACGAGGUGCAAGUUCUUCAGCCUCACAGAAACCCCGGAGGACUACACCAUCAUUGUGGAUGAAGAGGGCUUCCUAGAGCUCCCCUCCUCGGAACACCUGAGCGUGGCUGAUGCAACAUGGCUUGCCCUCAACGUGGUGUCUGGUGGAGGUGGCUUCUCUGGCUCCCAGCCCAUCGGAGUGACCAAAAUUGCCAAGUCAGUAAUAGCACCCCUAGCUGACCAGAACAUCUCAGUGUUCAUGCUCUCCACCUAUCAGACGGACUUCAUCCUGGUACGCGAGCGAGACCUGCCCUUCGUGAUGCACACACUGGCUGCUGAGUUCACCAUCCUCAGAGUAGUCAAUGGGGAGACAGUGGCUGCUGAUGACCUUGGCAUAACAAAUGGAUUUGUCAAACCAAAACUAGUUCAGAGGCCUGUCAUCCAUCCCCUUUCCAGUCCAAGUAACAUGUUCUGUGUCACCAGCCUGGAUCCAGAUACCCUUCCCACUGUUGCUACACUCCUAAUGGAUGUCAUGUUUUACUCCAAUGGAGUAAAAGACCCGGUGGUGGGCAACGAAGACUCGGGACAUAUUCGCUUCUUCUCCUUUUCUCUCAUUGAGGGUUACAUCUCCUUGGUCAUGGAUGUCCAGACACAGCAGAGAUUUCCUACUAAUUUGUUGUUUACAAGUGCAUCUGGUGAACUCUGGAAGAUGGUGCGGAUUGGUGGGCAGCCUCUUGGCUUCGAUGAAUGUGGAAUUGUGGCUCAGAUUUCUGAGCCCUUGGCCGCAGCUGACAUCCCAGCCUACUACAUCAGUACCUUUAAGUUCGACCACGCUUUGGUACCUGAAGAAAAUAUAAAUGGUGUGGUCAACGCACUCCAAGUCAGUCAAGCUGAAAAGCAUUAGAGAUCUUCUGAGCUGGUUCCAGAUGCUUUUUAUUAUUAUAAUUAUUAUUAUUAUAAUUAUUAUUAUUAUUAUUCCUUUUUUUUUUUCUCCCCCCUCACAGUAUUUCUUGGAAAAUCUGAAUCCAGAGAGUGACAAGAAAAGAGACUGUGGAAGGUUGAGCAGAAACAGCUCCACUAAGCCUUUGUUUUAAUUAUUAUUAUUAUUAUUGUUAUUUUAUUAAAUUGAUGAAUGAGGGGCAGGAGGAAAGGGGAGUGCAGAUGGUUUCCUGACCUUCAGCUCCAAGGUGAAGUGCAACCUGCCCGGCUUGGGUGUGGAAGGAGCUGCUGGGGAUGCUCUGCCGAGGCGCAGCAGAGCAGAGGAGGGCGCUUGCCGCGGGUGCUGUGCCGGCAGCCGGGCGGCACGGCCGGGGGGGGGCAGGCUGCUUGCUCAGAGAGAGCUCUUAGCACCCUCACUGAAAUGAAACGUGGAAUUAAACAGAAAGAUGUUGCAGA